AUGGCCGGGGCCCGUUUGGCCCGCUGGGCCUCGCUGCUCGUCCUCGUCUCCGCCACGGUGGUGCUCGACCGUCCCGACUCGGAGUACCAGGCGGUGUGCUGGGGUGAGGAGGGGAAGAAGGGCUUGGAGUCCGCGCAGAUGUUGACCGUUCGGGCCGUGUUCUACGAGCCGCGGCCUGUGGGGUUGAACCCCAGCAAGGACAACGACCUCUACACCUCUGCGUUCAGAAACAUGCACGAGAGGGAUCUCUACAUUAUGCGGAGGAUUCUGAAGGCCAACGCGGUGCGACUGGCACCGUGGGAUCCAGCUCAGGAUCACUCGGGUUUCCUGAAGCUUUGUCAAAAAUAUGGCUUGUAUGUCAUUCCCUCGUUCGACUUGAGCUUCUUCCUCAGCGAGAGUGCGAGGCUGACGACAGCCUUUGGCUUGCGGGCCAAGGAGGUUUGGGAAGGAUUUCAGAAGUUCAUGGUGCAGGCGCUGCAGGAUGCCGAGAAGAUGGAAGGGCUCAUUCUCAUGUGGAGCGUCAACUUCGGGCCCAAUCUGAAUGAAACCACGGACGAGGGGCCGCGGUCGCCGGCCGCCACCUCCCUGAUUCGCGACGAGUAUUUUGAGCUUUUGCGUGCCGUGCGUGAAGCGCAGUGGGUCCAGGAGUGUGGGUCUUCCAGACUCUCAUGCCCACAGAAGCGCUUCAAGCGACCCUUAGGCAUUCCGCUCCUGCUGGAUUCUGUCUUACGCUUAGACAAUGUGGGCUGGUACAUCGGCUUCGCAGAGACAAUCUGGGGAACCUGGCCCACUGACGAGCUCUCCUUAGCCAUCAACGAAUGCUCCUUCAAUCAGCUGCGCCCCUUGGGGGCCUUCGAUGUGUGGAUUGCAGAAGCCCAGCCGCCCACGGGCAGGUUGGGUCAAAAGGAGCUCCUAGGUCAGCUCUCUUACUUUAAUGCGACAGUUGGCGAUAGUGACAGCGGCUAUGAGUGGAAGGAUUUGUCCACCCAAACCCUGCAGAACCCUGAGGGUGCCACUUUAUGCAAAGGAUGCACCUACCCGACGCAAAAGCUGGUCUUGGCGCAGUACGGCUUCGCCGCUGAGGCGCCCCUCUAUGGCUCGGCCACAGAGUCUGUCGACCCAGCUUUGCAGCAGAGGCUCACAGGCGAAGUCUACGCGGAGGUCCUGAACUCCAGUAGCUGUGCCGAGGGCGGAUUCAUCAUCGACGAGUGGGUGGAUGAUUGGGGCCGGUCGGUGAAGAGAGGCUGUCCGGGCAGUGUCUUUCAGCACCCUCACCAGGGACCUUGCGAUGAAGUGCGGCCAGGGCGCACCAUCAACCAGGAGUGGUUUGGCCUAAAUGGUCAGUACACCUUCCUGAGCUUCCACUGCCUUGAUCCGCGCUAUCAUCGAGAGCAUCCCACCAAGGGUUCCACUAUCGGGUCAUUGGGUUUUCGCUUCGAACAAAUGAUUGACCCUGAAUCAGCGGAAGAGAUGAUUUGGAAGCAGUUGCCUGGAGGCUAUUGUGCCGUCAUGCAUGAGAGCUGGUGGCUUCUCCUUCUCAACGUCGGCUUACUGUUGUGUGGUGCCUGCCUGGAGAUCUUCUACUUGUGUCACUGUUGUUGCUUCCGCAAAUCUGGGCGCCCGAAUGUGAGCCGACCCUUGGGGCGUCUUCAACAGGCUGGCAAUGGCCUACUGGAUGCCGAGUGCGGCGAAGGAAGGGAUGUCAUCUCCCUGGAGUUGGGCUGUGUCGCGGCUGCGCCCAACGGCUUCGAGGUGGCAACUGCACAGGCAGAGGUCUUCAUUCCGCUGCCCAUGCAGAUCGUGGGGGAAGCCAAUGUACAGGGUGUGACGUCUGUCUUGAGCCGUGUGUGGCGCCGCUGUCGGCUCGAAGCUCAUGGGUAUUCCUUCCAAAGGAAGGACAUGGGCUGUGGAGCCUCCAUUGCGCCGGAGGCAGCCAGUUCCUGCCUCUCCGGUGAUGGGCAGCCCCAAGGGCCGCCUGAAGGGUCGGGCAUUCCGCCAGCACAAAACGCUUCAGAGGUCUCUCCUGAGGAGAACUGGGCCUGGAGUAAGACGGUCUUGGAACGAUUUACUGUGCAAGGCACUGAUGUCUUGGGGGUCGGGAACUUCAGCGUGGUCAGGAGAGGUGUUGAGAUCUCGACCGGAAAGGCGGUGGCAGUGAAGGCGCUGAAAGCGUGCGACCAGGCGAAGUUUCGACGGGAGGUCUUCUUGUUCGAGGCGCUCUUUCUGGUUCCGAGGGAGCUUUCCUCGGUCAGUCCGAGGAGCAGAUAUCAGACAUCACCCACAGUGCUGAUGGGCACGGAGGAGUAUGGACAAAGAGGCCUGGCCUCGAAGCCUCAGGAGUUCUUCGUGGAGCUUUUGGCGCAUUCAGACUUGACGGCUUCGGAGGAGAUGUGGAGUGUCCUGGAGCUUGGCACCUUCACCCUUCAUGAUUUGAUCCUGGCUGCGAAGGAUGCGGCCAGGGACAAGAAACUGCAUUGCUUGCAGAAGGAGGAGCAGUUGACACGAGCUUUGCAUCACAUAACAGCUGCCUUGGCCUUUCUGCACAGUCGCUUUUUCGUCCACGGGGACUUGAAGCCUCAGAACGUGAUGUGGUUCGAAACCUUGGGUCGUUGGAAGCUGAUUGACAUGGAUGGGCUGCGCGUACCUUCCGAACUGGUCGACAUGAGGGACGCCGACUUCUAUACUGCCAUCUAUGCUGCACCGGAGCUGGCUGCAGCAGUGGCGGAGGAGGGUCCUUUGAGGCUUUCGCGGAGUUUGGAUAUUUGGGCUGGAGGACUUUGUGUGCUUGAGAUGAAGCUCUUCAAACCCUUACUGCAAGAGAAGUUUGAGCACUUUUGCACUGCAAGUGCGGAUGGAGAAGGUUUGAUGGACUUUUUUCGAUGGUUGGGCUCGGUGGACGAUCCCAUCGAGGAGACGAGCGCAGUGAGCGCAGUGGUGAGUGACUCGGAGGUUCUCCAAGUGGUGUGCAGGACCAUGCUGCUGGUGAAUCCCUUGGAGCGCUUUUCCCCAGCACGGCUGUUGGAAGAUCCAGGCUUUCUGCGCUUGGCGGGAACUGAGGAGCCAGUACAGCUGGAGCCUCCCAAGGCACCGGUGGCGGCGAAGCCAAAAACGGCCUGGCAGCUCUUCCAAGAAGCACAUCGUCCAGAGGUGGAGGAGCAGGGUUUGCGAGGAGCCAAGGCCUUGCAGGAGUUACACCGGCGUUGGAAGGCACUGCAAGCGGAGGGAGGCGAAGAGCUGCAGAGCCUUUUAGCCCGUGAAGCGGAACUGAGGGAGAAACCCUUGUUGUGA